AUGAACUCCACAGGAACCCAGUUCCUGGUGCGGGACACCUUCAUGGCGGCGUUUGUGAAGAACUUCAUCGUGGUUCUCCUGCUCUUCGUCCUCAACUACAUCAACGGCGCCCUGGUGGCCACUUUCCUACGCAAUCAGGUGUUCUAUGAGGACCCGCGCUACAUCCUCUUCAUCCACAUGGUGAUCAACGACGCCAUCCAGCUGACCGUCACCAUCACGCUCUUCGUGCUCAGCUACAUCUUCUACGCCAUCAACGUCUCCUUCUGCUGCUUCUUCAUUCUGGUGGCGGUCUUCACCACGCGCAACACGCCCGUCAACCUGGCCGGCAUGGCCAUCGAGCGCUACAUCGCCAUCUGCGAGCCGCUGCGCCACGCCCAGAUCUGCACCAUCCGCCGCACCUACCUGCUGAUCGGCCUCAUCUGGCUGGUGUCCGUGGUGCCCGACAUCACAGACCUCUUCGUCACGCUGGCCACCGAGCCCAUCGACUUCUUCCACACCGCCGUCUUCUGCAUACGCCCCAACAUCUUCAAGGACCCCGUGCUGCUGUAUAAGCGCCAGGCGUUCGACGCCCUCUACUUCUCGCUGGUCUUCAUCACGCUGGUCUUCACCUACCUGAGCAUCAUGUGUGCGGCGCGGGGGGCCAUGGCCACGGAUGCGCGCUCGGCGCAGCGUGCCCGCAACACCAUCCUCUUGCACGGGGCGCAGCUGCUCAUGUGCAUGCUGUCGUACAUCUCCCCCAGCGUGGACAGGGUCAUCGCACAGGCGUUCCCCAGCCACCUGCUGGAGAUACGCUACGCCAACUACCUGAUCGUCUACAUCGCGCCGCGCUUCCUGAGUCCCAUCAUCUACGGGGUCAGGGACACCAAGUUCCGCAAGUACCUCAGGAGGUACUUCGUGUGCCGCCGCGCAGCGCGGUGGAGCUCGGAGGUGCAGCACGAGGACACUGCUGAGGACAAAAUGGUGUAG